AACACAGUGAGGGGUGAGAAAGUCUGUGAUUGUGUUACAUAGAGCAGAUAGGUACAUAAACACACAUAGGAGGACUGAGCAAGAAGACAGAGAGAGGGAAAGUCUGAGUAAGUGAGUGAGUAAGUGAGGCACAGUGAGAGAAAAAGCAGCAGGAGAGGUGAAGUGUGAGAGAGAAGGAGAAAGACAAACUGUUAGGGGGUUUGCUGCUGCUGUGCUGGGAUCAUGUCUCUUCAGGGGAAGGUGGCUCUUGUGACUGGGGGGGCUCAGGGCAUCGGCAGAGCCGUGGUCCAGUCACUGCUACACAGCUUAGCCAAGGUGACUGUGGUCGAUCUGAACAAGACCUGUGGUGAAGAGUGCAAGACACACCUGGAUGCAGAGUUUGGAGAGGGCAACUGCACCUUUAUUCAGUGUGAUGUGUCUGAUGGAGAUUCACUUAAAGAUGCCUUCCAGAGAACUGUGGACCAGUUUGGUCGCCUGGACAUCGUUAUCAAUAAUGCUGGCAUUAACAAUGAAAAGAACUGGGAGAAGACCAUUCAAGUCAACUUGACAUCUGUAAUAAAGGGAACCUACUUGGCACUGGAACACAUGAGUAAAGAGCAUGGCAACGAAGGAGGCACCAUUAUUAAUGUAUCCUCUAUGGCAGCCUUCCUCCAUUCUCCUCAUCAGCCUGUCUACACUGCUACCAAACAUGGAGUCAUCGGCUUCACAAGAGCUAUGGCAGAUGCAUCUACUCAGGGUAACUACGGUGUUCGUAUCAACGUCCUGUGUCCAGCUUUCGUCAACACUCCUCUGCUGCACUCGGUGGAACAUGAGGACAACAUGGGCAAGUUUGUCAAGUUCAAGGAUGAUUUCAAACGCAGCAUGCACAAGUUCGGAGUUUUACAGCCCUCACUGAUAGCAGAGGGCAUGAUGACGUUGAUCAUGGACUCCAGUCUGAAUGGAGCAGUGAUGAAGAUCACCUGCUCCAAGGGAAUCCACUUCCACACCUAUGAACCAAUGUCUGCUUGAGCCAGGACAAACUGGACUCCAUGCUGCUGCUAAAAAAACAGUGCCGCGCUUUGAUCUGUCUGAUUAUAUAACACACCACAGGUUGCUGUUGGUUCAUCUAAACUGCAUCUGAGCAGCAUUUGAAUUUUGAUAAUCUAAUCAUAAUUAUUCUAAUUAAAAAUCAGUUUUCAGUCUUUGGCAAAUCGAAGAUAUAGAUCAGCCUCUUUCAGUUAGGUUUAGUCAAUCAUAGUCAUCCACCUCAGACAUGACUUUACUCCAAGAAUUGUAAAAGUUUUGUUUAAAAAAUAUCCAGUGCUAAUAUGGGACUU